AUGACGACGUGCAUCUUCCCAUCUGGAAAAGCACGGGAGACGGGGCUUAUCGAAUCCGACUCGAUCCAUACCUCUUCUGUCGACACUAGCCCCGGGGAGGCAAUUGCAGACCCGCCUCCCGUCGCAGCGGCCCUAGGCCUGGCUCUGGGCCCGGACUGGAACCUGGAACCCGGGCUCGCGGUUUCUAGGACUCUGGCGACAGUUGGCAGAUCGACGUCCGCGGAUAGCCCAGCCUCAGUUGAGGCAAGAUAA